AUCAGUCUACUAAAAUAGUUAAAAAUCCAAUUGCAAGUAUUCUUGAGCAAAACAAAUUAACGGAACCCAAUUUUAAUAAAUGUUAUCAUUGUGGUAAGAUUGGGCAUUGGAAGAGGAACUGCAAGGAGUAUCUUGCAAGCCUGAAAAGUUCAGGCAUUUAUUUUGUUGAAGUUAACUUAUCAGUAAACGAUUCUUCUUGGGUAUUAGAUACCGGUUGUGGCUCACAUAUUUGCAAUGAUUUGCAAAUGAUGGCAAGAAGAAAUAAGCUAGAAAAUGGAGAAACAAUCCUAAGGAUGGGCAAUGGAGCAAAAGUUGUUGCCAAAGCAAUUGGGACUGUUUAUCUAACUUUAAAUAAUGAUGUAAAAAUUUGUCUUACAAAUUGUUUGUAUGUUUCGGAUGUUAUAAGAAACAUUAUUUCUAUUCCAGUAAUGGAUAGAGAAGGUUUUAAGUUCGUUAUUGAGAAUGGAAGAUGUUCCAUUUUCAAAGAUAAAACUUUUAUAUAUUCUGGAAAUUUGACAAAUGGGUUAUAUACCAUUACACCACAAAGUCCCAUUCUAACCAUUCAACAAAAUAAAAGGAAAUUUGAUAAUCAUAGUUCAUUCAAAAUUUGGCAUGCUAGAUUAGGUCAUAUAUCUGAAAAGAAAAUUCACAAAUUAGGACCAAAACUCGACCUUAGGGGAGAGGAAAGGUUGCCUACAUGUGAAUCAUGUCUUAAAGGUAAAAUGACUAAAUCACCAUUUGUUGAACAAGUGGAGCGAGCUAAAGGUCUGUUGGAUUUGAUCCAUACAGAUGUUUGUGGACCACUAAAUGUUAGUGCCAAGGGGAACUACUACUAUUUCAUAACUUUUAUUGAUGAUUAUUCACGGUAUGGUUAUGUAUACCUAUUAAGGUACAAAUCUGAAGUAUUUGAAAAGUUCAAAGAAUUCAGAAAUGAAGUAGAGAAACAAAUUGGUCGUAGUAUAGAAGUUCUUCGAUCAGAUCGAGGAGGUGAAUAUUUGACCAAUGAGUUUCUUGAUUAUUUAAGAGAUAAUGGGAUUAUUUCACAGUGGACACCUCCUGGAACUCCACAACUCAAUGGGGUUUCAGAAAGAAGGAAUCGAACAUUGUUGGACAUGGUUCGAUCAAUGAUGAGUUCCACUAGUUUACCUCUUUCAUUCUGGGGCUAUGCCUUAGAAACAGCAACACAUAUUUUGAAUAGAGUGCUGAGGAUAAAAAUCUAUAGAGAUAGAUUUAAAAAGAUGAUCAGACUAUCCCAGUCUACGUACAUAAAUAAGGUACUAAAAAGGUUUAGUAUAGAAGAAUCCAAACGUGGACAUAUUCCAAUGAGUCAUGGGGUUUCACUUUCUAAGACGAUGUCUCCAAAGACACCUGAAGAAAGAGAACGUAUGAGUCAUAUACCUUAUGCAUCAGCUAUUGGUAGCAUUAUGUAUGCAAUGUUAUAUACAAGACCUGAUGUGGCUUAUGCACUUAGU